CAAACUGUGGAAUGUGGGAUUAACCGUUUGGUGCAAUUUUGCAAAAGUGUACACUGUGUGGAUAUGCUCAUAGCUACGUAUUACUAGAGGCUUUCAAGACCUAUCUACACUUAUAGAGAUCUGCGUGCUUGUACAACCGCGGUUCACGUGAACCGCAUGAAAUCCUCGUAGACGUGGUCAGCAAUCAGAUAUCUGACUGAACGACGGUAGCGUAAUCGUAUGACCACGGCGUACUAGUUAACCAUUUUGCGUGAUAGAUAGUUAUUCUCAACUUUAAUUUACUGCAAAAGUGAAACAGUCCGGUUCCAAGAUGUCAGUAGCGGGCUUCAAGAAGCAGUUUUAUAAAGCCAGCCAGAUGGUCAGUGAGAAGGUUGGCGGUGCAGAGGGAACAAAACUGGAUGAAGACUUCAAAGAUUUGGAAAGGAAAGUAGAUGUGACCAGCAAGGCUGUGGUGGAAGUCAUAUCUAAAACCUCAGAGUACCUGCAGCCUAACCCAGCGUCGCGGGCAAAGCUGUCUAUGUUGAACACGGUGUCUAAGAUCAGAGGCCAGGUGAAGAACCCGGGCUAUCCCCAAGCUGAGGGCCUGCUGGGAGAGUGUAUGGUCAAGUACGGCCGGGACCUAGGGGAGGAAACCAACUUCGGUGGGGCUCUAGUAGACGCGGGGGAGACCAUGAAGAGGCUGGCGGAGGUGAAGGACUCUUUAGACAUCGACGUCAAACAGAACUUCAUUGAUCCAUUACAAAACCUGUCUGACAAGGACCUCCGAGAGAUACAGCACCAUCUGAAGAAGCUGGAGGGAAGGCGUCUGGACUACGACUAUAAGAAGAAGCGCCAAGGGAAAAUACCAGAUGAGGAGCUGAGACAGGCCCUGGAGAAGUUCCACGAGUCUAAAGAGGUGGCUGAGAUCAGCAUGUACAACAUACUGGAGACUGACAUAGAGCAGGUGAGCCAGCUGUCGUCUCUGGUGGAGUCCCAGCUGCAGUACCACAGACAGGCCACACAGAUCCUGGAUGAGCUCUCGGACAAACUGAGGGACAGGAUGAACGAGGCCCAGAACCGACCGCGCCGCGAGUAUACGCCCAAGCCCAAACCCAUAUUUGACUUUGGAGAAUGUGACAACCAAUCAACCAAUGGUGGCUACACGACCUCCGUUGCCACACCAUCCUCCCGCAACUCAGUCUCAGAACAGCCGUCCUGUAAGGCCCUGUUUGACUUUGACCCAGAGAACGAGGGAGAGCUGGGCUUCAAGGAGGGCGACAUCAUCACCCUGACCAAUCAGAUCGACGAGAACUGGUAUGAGGGCAUGCUGCAUGGUCAAUCAGGAUUCUUCCCUCUCAACUACGUGGAAAUCGUCGUCCCCCUGCCACAUUAAGGAGUGCUGUACAGAGUACAUGAGAGAGAUAAUGGGAACGGGAGAGUGAGGGAGGGAAUGAGGAGCCAGUUAACAGAUUAUAGAGUCUUUGUCCUCAUCUUUACCAUCAUCGCCAUCAUCACAGAUGUACUUGUACUCUUUGUCACUUUGUCAUCUUGACGUUUGAAGGAAGGAAAUUGGAAGAUGGUGGUUUCUCGCAUUCCAGUUCUGAGAAAGAGAGAUUUGAAUAUGACCCCCGCUGCCCCCCAAGCAAAAAUAAAUACGGACAGACGGACACAGACAUGAAGAACCGAACUAAACCAGACUUAAUGUUUUAAAGUAAUGUUUUCUGUCAACCACAGAUAUCCCAAUAGAAAGGGAAGUUUCAAAUGAAAUGAAUUUAGAAUUGAAAUGGUCAAAAUCAAUUAUUUAACGUUAAAUUACAUACAGGUAAGCAGCAGAAUACAUUUACAUCGGCAGUUUAGCUGGUUCUGACUCUGUAAAAACUGUACAACUUGUAAAGCCUUAUUUUCAUAACUACAGACAUUUUAAAAGUAAUUUGUCACAUCCAAAGUUUAUGUAGGUCCCACAUUUCAGUAUGGACUCUGGGGAAUACUUGCCUUAUUUCCAAGGCAAGUAUGUCAGACACACUGCAACUGCACAGCCUUUCCAAAUGAUGGAGUUUGACUGGACAACGUCUCUAGGAGCCCCCUGCCGGCCAGGCUUAGACAACCACUCCCCUCCUCAGUAAACAACUACAGUAAUGCCUUGUAGCUAUGAUCCAUUUACAGUCAGUAGAUUUACAACGCUAUGUACAUCCUGUAUGCCUGAGCCACAGGAGAGCUUGAAGGGCCUCAGACAUUGUUUAGUUUUGCAAUGGUGUGUAUUUGAUUUGUUUUGGUUUCAGCCUUGUUUAUUGUUUUUUAAUGUACAGCUAAACUGUUAAAUUGCACCUUGUUCCUCCAAUGAGAUUGUUGCUGUACGAAUGAGAGCCUGUAAGUUUUGUUUAGUUAUAGGCCUCUACUGAGAGGGUGUUCAAACCCAGACAGCCAGAGACUGAAGCCCCUGAGGAGAACACUAGACCCAAAGUCAAACACUAACAUUUAUAAGAAACCGCUUUCCCCAGGGAUGGGCUACUGCACAUUUAGUGACGUUAGCAACAUAUGAAGCCUGUGUGUUUUACUUUUCUUCGCUGUCUAAUCAUCUGUUCAAUAGAGGAAACACAUGCCACAUAGAAUAGAGUACAUGGUGUGUUAACCAUGAUAUGGUGUUUGGUUUUAGCUGUCAUAGUACCCGUCUGUCCGUCCCAGUGCCUCCAUAAGCGACAACGCUGCUGGCGGCGUUGUGUGUGUGACUGAACAUCUUUCGGAUCAGUAAAUCCCAUUCAUUCACGUCAGUCACUUUCUUCCUGUAUUUUGUAUUAUUUACUACUCCGUUGGUUAUCAUACUCCUCGCUGGGUCUCUUAGGAUGGGUUGGGUUCUAGUCUGGAGUUGGUAUGUGUGCUGCUGGACAGGACUGCAUAGGGCCUCAAAUACAGUAAAUACUGAAUGAGGGAAAGACAGGUUAGUGAUGCCGAACAGGACAAAAAGGGAAAAGGAAUAAUAUAUAGCAGAAGUCUUAUUUUAUUUGUGAUGAUUGUUCUGUUAGGAAAAGCCCCUACUACCAAGAUGCAUCAGCGCUAAGAGACCCCCCACGAUUGAUGGUUGUGGAGGCGAUGUGAUUGAGUCACACUUGCUGCAGUGCACUCUUUCAUUCAGAAAUUCCUCUCCCCUCAGUAUUGAGGUCCAGGCUACUUUCAAUGGUCAUGAGUUUAAGCUACUCUUCUCUGCUCCAGGCUACUCCCUCCAUCCACCACCCUGCUCUGUCACACCUCACUCUGGUGUUUGAUCUCUUCCAUACGUUUACAGGCCUGCUCGUAGUUCAUUUCAAUGGGAGAGUGGAGUGAUGGACUGGUUAAGAGCAACUUGGUGCUGACUGGAUCACACACCAACACAAGUCCAGAACAAACAGUGAAUCCAUAGUUAGGGGUGCUUCAGUGCCGUUGGGAAAGGAAGGAAUAAUACUACCAACCAAAAUAACCAAGCUACUUACAAUGGUCAUACAUUUCUGUACCAAGGGUUCUGUUGCCAUUUCCAGUCUUGGCACUUUGCGGUGUACAUACAUUUGUGCAUGUCUUUGUGUCACACUACACUUUUUAAAAAGGGUUAUUUGUCUAAUCAGUUGGAGUACCAGAAUUCUCUUUAAAAACUAUAGGUCUUUCUUGCACUCAAUAGUAUUAUUUUUUAUAUACGAAACCUUAAUACUUGUUAUUAAUCUUUGCAUGUAGGUCUAUCCAAUACAUUGUAAAAUGUAUUUUAGUUGAAGCAUUCUUUUACUUUUGGUAUGUCAUUUUAGUAUGGUAUGUCAAAUUUAACUGCAAUAUCUUGUCAUGUAUUAUCAAAAUAUUUGUACUUGCUUUGUCUUGUUUCCCCCUUCUACCAUCUUUGGAUAAAUAAAUGGAGAAAAAAAGCAUUCUA